AAGGUAUUUUUAAUGCCUAGGAAAAUGUCAACGUAGCAGGAGACGCCAAUGGACUUAAAUGUAAAUCCUAUCCCCAGAAGAAAAUGACGAAAGUUCCUCAGGGGUUUGAUUUCAGUUUCUUAAAUGAUGAAGAAGCCAGGCAGAUCCUGCAAGUCCUGGAGAGAAACGAGGAGCUCCAGAGGGCAGAGAAGGACAGAAUCAGCAAACUCCAGAAAACAAAGAGAGAUAUUAGAUGGCUCCAAGGAGUGACUGGUGAAUGGUUUGAAGAAAUCCAAAGAAAAAAGUUUCGCAAUGACACGGACGUCAACCAGAUGUUAAAACAACCACUCACAUACAGGCUGCGGAAGACAAAAAAUGAUGCUAUGCAUUUACCCACAUCAAGAUCCUCGAAUCUUCCAAAUCGAAAUAAUCCCUCAUCUGCUCGCCGCCUGGGCUUCCGGUCUUCUCUGGCUUCACUCUUCUCUUUCAGAAAAUCAGGAAAGGAGAUUCUAAAGCCUCAGACAUCAUCACAAGGAUAUGAUGGCUUUCCCAGGACAUCUGUUGCUGUGAACGGAACCACUGGGGCUGGAAUAUACAACUCGCCACUGAACACUGAGUCAUCAAAUACAGCAUUUACCCCAAAGCCUGUAGGAAUGAGGGAAGGAAGCAGCAUGCCUCCAUGGGAUGCUUCCCAGCUAGAGAAUGAAUUCUUUCGUGUUUUAGAUGACUUGGACAACAAACUGGAUCAGGAACAAGCCCUAAGCCCAGGGAUUCCUAGAACACCGAUUCACUAUGGAUUCAGAGCACAGAUCAGUCCUUCUUACCACACUGGGAGCAGAAAUGGCAAUCUCAUGGGAAGACAUGGGAAUAACUAUGGAGAAACUUCUAAUCUAUCCAUCUAUGAUAUCCUAAGACCAUCCACUCCCAGACAAGGUUUUAGAACUUUCUCCUAUAGAACAAAAACAAUUUAUGGUAUGUAUGGUCCAAGAGAACACACAGUUUCACAAGAGGAAUACGUGCACAAGACCUUUGGCAGUUCGUCUCUGUGUUCUGAUAGGACACAGCCAUCAGCCUCUCCCACGUUAGGACAUUUCACAGCAAAUAGCCUACAUCUGCCAUCCUACUCUCAGAAGAAGAGUGUUUUUGUACCAAGAAGCCAUCAGCAGAGCCCGAGGAGAACUCCUUUGUCAUCUAUCAUAUGGAAUAGGCCAUAUUCUCCUGGAGAUGUUCAAUAUGAAGAAGAGUUUCUGAGGACACAAUCCCCAAUGGAAGUUGAUCCUAUCAAUCAGGAUGCAUACCCUACCCGGCCUCAAGGCAAUGGGAGAAAUAAAUUUUACCAUUUCAGUAAUGUAUACCAAAGUGUUAGGCCACAUGCUACUUGGGAUAGAACAACCAGUCCUGAGUCAUUUGAGAAUUCUGAGAACAUUCCAUUCCACCAACAUGAAAACAAAUUCUCAGAGUCAUAUUAUUACAACACCAUGGGUCCUAGAAGAUUGCAAAAAUUUGGAGAAAGUCCUUUUUGGAAUAAAAAAGAAGAGUUUCCAUCCUUAUCUGACUUUUACCACAGAAACAAAGAAUUCAGUUCUUCUGACAGAGACUUUGAAAUGAUAUCAACUGAUGUAAAUGAGGUGCCAGCUGUCCAUAAUGAUAGCACUCCUGUGCCAUCUCAACCUUGGAGAGUAAACUUUUCUAGAAAUAAAGAAGAGUCAAUUCAUGGAGACUAUAAUUUUCAGAUAUGUGUAUCAGAAGACAUGGAAGUCCUAUCACAAGAUAAUGGUACCCAAGGAGACUUACAGGAAAAAUAUGAGCAUUUUCCCACACCUUCCACGGAUACAAUGGGAAACAAAUUUUGGAAUGUCCCAGAUAUUUGCUCAAGGAGUCAAGUCAAACGGGAUAUGCUAGUAAGUCAACAGAAGUGGCCUCCAAAGGAAACAAAUACAAAUUCAGAGACCAACUUACCUGAAACCACUCAGAAUUUGGCAUCCUCAGUCCAGAUACCACAUAGAACAGAAACCUCUCAACACUCUGACUUCCAGAAUGCUCCCACUAUGUCAUGGGAUACCAAGGGGGAUAUUCCUGAUGAAUCUGUCUCUUUCCCUUUAAGAAGUCAAAAAGAAGUUAUUGAAACCAGUGAUGACUCUGUCACUGUUAAUAGAAACCAGCCAAACACUUGGAUCACUGAGUCAAAUCCUGAAAAAGACUUGACCAAAUCUGUGUCAGAAAAAAUGGGACACCCAAACAAGGUUGAUGAGACAGGCCAGGCAGAUAAAACAGUACCAAUUGUUUCUCAGUCAGCUAUUAUGGAGACGACACCUGAUUAUCAGCUUUCUCUUUCUAGGGACUCAACCACCCUUUCCAGUGAUAAAUUUGUUUUUAAUGCGCCUGUCUCCAUAGUUUCAAAAAAGCCAACGAGAGUCUUUGGCAAAAGAGAUAUUUCCAAAAUCUACAUAUCAAACAAAGAUAAAGCAAAUGCACUUAAAAAAGAAAAUGAUUCUACCAUGGAAAGAAAACCAGAUUCAGGAACUUCAUUUCCUUUCUCUCAGGAAAACAGAACAACAUUAUCUUUUUCCAAACAAAAUCAAGGUUUUCAGCAAGAAUCAGCAAAAAACAAUGUUGGUAUUUCCAACAUCAAAAAUGAAGACUGGAAACUAGAAACUGCCAGUAAUCAAAACCCACAAUAUAAAGAAGAUUCAUUUGUUUUAGAUGCCAAGGAUGUGCAAGGUGGUAGAUUAAAAAAUGCUUUGCUUCCUCCUACCAACUGUCCCAGGUUUGCUGAAAACCAUCAUGGCCUUUCAGAUCAUUCCCCAGAACUAUUGCCAGAUGAUGGGCAAAGUCUUCCAUCAUCUUUUCCUGCUGACAGCCCUUCCUUAGCUUCUUUAGUAACUCCCUCAGGUACUUCAUUAAAUUUCACAUCUAAUAUAAUAGCAGAAGGGGAAAUGUUCUCAAAGAAAAGUCUUCUGGGAAAAGAACCAUCUCAAAGGGGAAGUGAAGAAAAGUCCCAUUCUAGUGAUAAAGAUCAAAAUGACCAAUUAACUGUCAGCACCUCAGAAAACCAAGCUAGUGGGGAUAUCCAGGUACUUGAUCAUCACAAACUGAAGGAUGUUGCUAAAUGCCAUCCAGACUAUUCUUUCACUUUAGGGAGAGAAAAAGGGAAAAUAAGGCGUUCUGUAUCCUAUAUUGAGAAGUUAAGCAAAUCUGGAAAUUUCUGGAGACAGGCAAAUAAUGACAGUAAUGAUAUAGUUCCUGAUCAGGGUAAUUCCCAGGCUCUUGAACCCCUUGACAUUUACUGUACCUUCCCAAGAAAAUUGACCAGUUUCCUAAACGAUGACAAUAUAAAGCUAGAAAACAAGAUAAUGUCCACCUCAUUUAGGAAGGGGCCCCCUCCAUUCCAAAUAAAGAACACGAAAGAUCCGCUAGAGAAAUGCUUCUCAAACAAAAAUAAUUCCAAUUCUUCUGAACCAAAUAGGCAAUGCCCUGAAGUAAAUGUCAACUCUUCCUCAUUAAGGUCUACACCUGUAGAGAUAAUGGCAAACAUUAGAAACAUAGCACCUGCUUCUUUUAGAAAAGGGCCCCCUCCAUUUGAAAUCAAAAGGACCAGACCUUUGGGGAUAAGUUUCUCAGGUAGAGUGGACAGAAGGGAUAAAUAUGGCUUAGACUCAGAACCUUCUAUUUUAACACCAAGGCCUGAAGAGUUGAUCUCUACCACUCAGGAAAACAGCCCAUCAAUUAAAAAACAUUCUUUACAACUAGUCAAAGGUCAUCCUCAUGAAGAAAGUUUUCAAGUCUGCCCUGAAAAUCGUGGCAAAAUGGCUUCUUCCCAGAAAGAUAAUCUUGCAAAUACCAUUUUCCUCUCUGAUGAAAAACAUUUAUCUUCUUCUCCAGAUAUGUCAGAAAUGCAAAAUGGAAAACAUCUACACAAAUACAAGACAACAAGCACAGUCACUGUUUCUGGCGAUGAAGACAAUGUAAAACGUCUUGAGGUGGUUUCCAUCUAUUACACUUUACCACGGAAACACAACAAAAAAUUAUGUGACUUCCUUAAAAGUGAUACACAAAGUGUAAGUUUAUCCCCAGAAUCAGUCACGGUGGAGGAUGCAACAUUCCCUAUUUCUUUGUCAAAGAAGAGACUCAAUUCUUCCACACAGUCAUUACCAGAAUCACCUGUCUCUCCCUAUGCAAAGGCAUCUGUUAGCAGGGUUCAAUGGAGAAAGCAUUCUUUCUCCCAGGACACUGAGACAGGAGCUCUUUUUCAGUCACCACAUAGUCCAUCUCCUGGGGCAGAAAAGCCCUCAGCAGAGACAUUACAAGAAGUGGUUGGAGGCAUUUCUCUUUGCAGAGAAGAAUGUAAUCCUACCAAGGCUCCUUCAGCUAAAACAAUCUCAGGUGAUUUACAAAGCAAAAGUGUAGGUACCUUUUCUUUCAUUCCUGGUCAUCAACAGGGACAAGAAAAAUGGCAGAAUCAUACCAGGUAUACCUCUGACUCACCCACAGUACUUCAUGAUAAACUUGUUCGAGAAAGAAAGCUUGAAAAUCCCAAACAGUCCAUUAAAGUAUGUGAGAGAGAGAGCCCUUCUGUCAUCCAGACCCACUUGGGAGAUGCUAGUGACGGUCCUUGCACAAGAGAAAUCUUGGAAAAAUGUGGGCCUUGCAACAUAGAUGUUAUGUCUAUUGGAAGUAGAAAUUAUUGUGGUGAAAAAGUUAAUGAUAAAAUAAACUUAGUAUCUGGAGCUAAAUCCUUCUAUGACAAUGUAAGAGAGUCACAGCCAGAGUCGGCUAAUGGGAAACUUAAAACGGAUGACCAAAAACUUAUUGAAAAAACAUGUUCUGCUUUACAAAGUAAAGACUUCUCUCUCUCCUCCAAUUCCAUCAAACUUCAUCCUGGGGAGAUGAACCAUAAAGGUCAGCCUGACUUAGAAAGGUCACUGAGGGAACCAAAGGAAGUACCUCAAGGAAGUGAUACAGAUAAGAUAAGUAAUACAGAUAAAGACGGAUUGGCUAAGGUAGAAGAUGUCCCAAACACAAAGGCAAAUGAGAAAAUACAGGGGCUAUCUGGGGAUCAAUAUUCACCUCCCAAGGUAAUCAAUGAAAUUAAGUGUGAUUUGGAUUGCACCAAAGAAAAAAACCUAGAGAAAAGGAAAAACAGGCCUUCUGUUAAACAAAAACUGGCAGCGAUGUCCAAAGUCAGCAGAAAAUUUUCCACAAAAGAUAUGAGCCCCAGAAGACACAUCACUACUAUUUUCCCACAAGAAGAGGUCAAUUCCAGUAGCAAUGGCUUGCCUCAGAGCACACCAGAGAUGGCUCCAUUAUCAGCCGAAUCCACCCUUGGGAUCCCAGAAUCCACACAUGAAUAUAAGAAAUCAGGUACUCGUGGGUCUGAGAGCACUGCGCCCCCAACAUGGGAGGAGAGUAAGACUGAGAACCCUCCCCAGGCUCCUUUGGAUUCCAUCCAGAAGCCCGUCACACAUGUAAGUGAGCAAAAAACAACGAGCAGUCAUUCCAAAGCACAGAAGAACCAGCUUGAGGAGGUGACAGGAUCACCACUGAGUAGCACAAACUUUGAAAAUGAAAUACUAAUGGAGAGAGGCCCUCAAAGUCUGAAAACGGGGCAGGAAACCCCAGCGCAGCCCAGCAUGGGGACGAGGGACUUCUCUGAGGAGCUGAAGAGGCUGAGCCUUCAUUUCCCAUCCAAGGCUGCAUGCAAGGCUCCUGAUAAAAGAAUCUGGCCACCCAGCACUCAGCAAAAAAAUAUCUCACUCCGAGAAUGGGAGCCUGACUCGAAUCUCUAUCGUUCCAAGAGCUUGAAAAACAUACAUGAGCAAAGUAACCAGCAACAGAUAAGUCAACCUCAGAAAACGCGUGAGCGCCACUGUUCUGCGUGUACUUUUUCUGACAACAACCCGGACAGAGAGAAACUUGGGAAUGAAUUUCCUGUUCAAAGUGGGUAUGGAAGAAGGUUCCGAUCUUUUUCUGAGCUCUCUACCUGUGAUGAAAAAGAGACCUGGACUCUGGGCAGUGACAGGGCUAGGGCCACUGGUCCCAGGGCUACUACAAGCUCCAUCUCCAGACCGAUCGACUAUGGGAUUUUUGGGAAGGAACAGCAGCUGGCUUUCUUAGAGAACGUCAAGAGGUCACUCACAGAAGGGAGGCUGUGGAGGCCAAAUUUCCUUAAAAACCCUGGCUUCCUGUCAGAUGACGUGAGUCAUCCUGCUAACAAACCCGAAUCGCUCACCUCCAGCAAAAUGUCAAAAGAGGGCUUGUCUCCCAGGGAGAUGCUUAACAUCUAUCAGGAUGAACCUGUUGUGGGGCAUUCAGGAUCUGACACGGACACCACUACAGAUGACGAGUACUACCUGGAUGAAGCUGACAAGGAGUCAGAACUCUGA